AUGAGGCUGUGGGUUUUCUGCUGGGCACUGUGGGCGAUGGCCAGCCCAGGGGCUCCACUGACUGGGGAGCAGAUCUUGGGCAGCCUGCUGCAGCAGCUGCACCUAAGCGAGGUGCCCGUCCUGGACCAGGCCGAAGUGGAGCAGCUGGUGACUCCGGCCCACGUGAGGGCCCAGUACGUGGCGCUGCUUCGGGGCAGCCACCAGGCCCACUCCCGAGGGAAGAGGUUCAGCCAGCACUUCCGAGAGGUGGCCGGCAGGUCCCUGGUGUCCGAGGCGUCCACCUACCUGCUGGUGUUCGGCAUGGAGCAGCGGCUGCCGGCGCACCACGAGCUGGUGCAGGCCGCGCUGCGCCUCUUCCAGGAGCCCGUGGCCAAGGCGGCGCUGCGCAAGCUGGAGCGCCUGUCCCCGCGCGGCGCCCGCGCCCGGGUCACCGUCGAGUGGCUGCGCGUCCGCGCCGACGGCUCCAACCGCACGGCGCUCGUCGACUCCAGGCUGGUGUCCGUGCACGAGAGCGGCUGGAAGACCUUCGACGUGACCGAGGCGGUGAACUUCUGGCAGCAGCUGAGCGGGCCGCGGCCGCCGCUGCUGCUGCAGGUGUCGGUGCAGCGCGAGCAUCUGGGCCCGCCGCAGGCCUCCGGCGCGCACCGGCUGGUUCGCUUCGCCGCGCAGGGCCAGGGCGCGCCGGGUCGGCCCGAGCCGCAGCUGGAGCUACAUACGCUGGACCUCAAGGACUAUGGGGCCCAGGGCAACUGUGAUCCCGAGACACCCAUGAGCGGGGGUACCCGCUGCUGCCGCCAGGAGAAGUACAUUGACCUGCAGGGCCUGAAGUGGGCCGAGAACUGGGUCCUGGAGCCCCCUGGCUUCCUGGCCUACGAGUGUGUGGGCACCUGCCUGCAGCCCCCGGGCCCCCUGACCUUCAAGUGGCCCUUUCUGGGUCCCCGGCAGUGCAUUGCCUCAGAGACCACCUCCCUACCCAUGAUUGUGAGCAUCAAGGAGGGUGGCCGGCUCAGGCCCCAGGUGGUCAGCCUGCCCAACAUGAGGGUGCAGAAGUGCAGCUGUGCCUCAGAUGGGGCACCUGUGCCCAGGAAGCUGGAGCCAUAG